CCUGCAGCCGGUGGAGCAGAAGUAAACGUUUUGCCGCUCCUGUUGGAGGCCCUGGAGAACGGUGACGUCAUGCCCUACGUCAAGGGCAACCCGCGCUACAUCCGGGACCUGUACUUCGUCCUGCGCAUGACGGCCGGCGUGGUGGAGUACAGAAUGAAGCUGCACAAGUUUGAUAUCAAGGACUGGGACAAGCUUGUAGCCUGGGUAGUGCUGGUACAACAGUGGCCGUACCGGGUCAGCUGGAUCGUGCUGCACGCCGAGGACCUGGAGCUGAAGGCCGCCGUGAAGAAGCGGGAAAAACUCAGCAGCUGCGUGGAACAAGCGCCUGACGACUACAUGGAUAAGAAGCUUCACGCCAUCUUCAAGUCAGCUCAGGAGAAACAGACAGAGCUGGAGAAGAAGGGAGAAGAGACCUGGAAGAGGCUGAACUCCUUAGACGGCGACACCGAGCUCCUUGAGCUGUUCCUUCAGGAAUUUGACUUUACUGUGCAGGACAUGUUCGACCUCCUCCCCGUGACCACAAACAUGGACACUUCCAUCAAGAGGGCGAUCAACUCAGCCCUGUCACAACAGGCAUGACGUCAUCAAAAAGGCAUAACGGCCAUGGCGUCAACAGAAUUGUGAUCAAGGAACAUGCCCCUACAAUUCCAGAAUUAGACGCUAGGAGGCCCAAAGUUAUAUCACGUCUUUCCGAACACAAGGGCUAACUACCUCAAAAAAAAAAAAUCUUGACCUUAUCAUAUCCCAUAUUGACUAUAGCAUAUUCAGAGCACGAGAUAUUCUCAGAGGUUCUGCUGCAGUACCAAGGGAGCCACUAGGGGACCAAAAUCUAAUCAUUUCCACUUUUCGUUCACUUUUCAGAAAUAACCUGACAACCAAAGCGAUACACAGCAAGAUGGUCAAUGAAACAUGAUGUACAGUAGAAGCCAGUUAAUUGCACAGCGGAUUACCACACACUUCUGUUAAUUGCACGGAAUCCCAAAAUCCCGAACCGGUGCGGUCAAGCUGGAUAACUUCGCAUUGUUGCACCACCCGGAUAAUUGAACGAAAUACGCUGGUAAAUGGGUGUGCGAUUAAACGGCUUCUACUGUAUUUACGUCUGUUGCGUAAAGUGACAUAGUCCAUUGUGGUUGGGGGUGGGUAACUUUUUAUGUACUAGUAAUUCGUAAGGCAAUCACUAGGUGCCGCUAUUGUGAUGUUCGUGCUCUAGUUUUAUCAGAAGGCACUCGGAGGAAACGACAAGAUUCAGCUUUGAUAGUUCAAUCAGGGCCCAUCUUUUUCCUUGAAUUUCUUUUUAUUGGACCUUAUUGUUGAGUUCUGAAGGCUUGGGUGAAGAGUAGUCUAUAUUUCUCACUGUUAAAAUUUCAGAGAAAGGUUAGGAUUUUACAUCGCUUUGUUCAGAGUACUAACUGUAGAAGGGGGUGUUGGGUGGUAUGACAUUUUCUGAAACACUGAAACUGUAUUUUUUCAACGUUACAUAAAACAGUUGUAAAGGGGAUAGUUUCUUUAGGCUUGUUUUUGCGGGUAUUAAAAGCGCCGACUGUAGAAAAUGAGAACUGCAAAAUUCUACCAUAAAAAGCAACCCGCAAUUUUAAGCAAUAUCACAUGACGUGCCAGUGUUAUUAAGAAUCACUCAGGGAGGCAAUAAAAACUUCUCAUGGCUGACUAA